UCUCUCUCUCUCUCUUCCUCGCUCAACCCCUCCCGCUUCCUUUCUCCCCACUCCAUCCGCGCUCUCUGAGAAACUUCUCAUUUCGUUCUCAGGAUAACGCACGGGUAGCAUCAUGGCUCUUCAGAAACUCGCACAGCUGAACUCAGCUCGAGUACUUGGCAUCUUACUGAUAUUAACCACCCAAGGGGUGUUGGCAGAGGUGACUGUGUCUAUGAAGGAUGUGGUCGAGGUUCAGCUCGGAGACACGGCGACUAUCCAGUGCACCCCCCGCUUCUCUGAAGAGACCAAGACCGUCCUGGUGCAGUGGUUCAUUAUGGGGCUGGACCGCAGGGAGAGGAUCUACUACAUGGACGGCAUUGACAGCGUGGCAGACAACGGGACAGAGUACACUGACCGCAUCAGCGUACAGGGAGAAGACUACACCCUGGCCAUCAGCAACGUGGGGCUGAGCGACGAAAGAGCUUUCAUCUGCCAGGUCGGGGGCAUGUCAGCCGGGAACGGAGAGAACCGCACGGAGCUCAGAGUCUACGAUGCCCCAGAAUCCCCUGAAAUUGAGGGCACGCAUUCCGGGCUCUCAAUCACCAGCAAUGAACUACAGAAGGUUGCAUCCUGCGUUUCCAGAAAUGGGUACCCAGAGCCCCAAAUCACCUGGUACAAAAACCGCUCCCCACUGCAGACCGAGGAAGAAAAGACGGAGGUCAUGCAUCAGGUGACGCGAGAGGCAAGCGGUCUGUACACAGUCAGCAGCUCUCUACUCUACAAGGUGUCGAAGGAGGACGUGAACUCCACAUUCUACUGUGAGGUCAGCUACAGGAUGCCAGGAUCAGAGCACAUGAUGGAGUCCACAGCAAUCAACGUGACUGUGCACUACCCCACACUGAACGUGCAGUUGAUCAGGGAGUCCCCAAAAGGUUUGGUGAAGGAGGGGGAUGAGGUGGAGCUUCGCUGCAUCGGAGACGGGAACCCCCCUCCCCCCUACACCUUCCACAAGCUCUCGCCCAGCACCGAGGAGGAAGAGGACCUGCCCGUGGACACAGACGUCCUGAUCUUGAGGGGGGUGACGCGGGUGGACAGCGGGAUGUAUCGCUGCAAGUCCCUGGACGUGGAGACCUACAUGGAGAUGAGCUCGGAGCUCAAGGUCGUUGUAAACUACCUGGAUCCCAUCGUUCUGACCCCCUCAGGUUCGGCUGAGCUCCUACUGGGCGAGACGCUGACAGUGUCAUGCAAUGCUCUCAGCUCCCAGGAGACCAGGGUAGUCUGGAUGAAGGAUGGUCAGGAGAUGGGCCGGGGCAGCACCCUCACGCUGGCCAAUGCCAGUUUCGACUCCGCUGGAGAUUAUAUCUGCAAGGUUACUGUGCCAGCAGUGCCCGGGCUGCACAGGAGCAGCUCUGUCAGAGUCAGUGUCCUGGGGAGUCCUGUCGUGCUACAGCCGGUUCAGCUGGAAGAGCUAGAAGGUAGUAAAGUCAACCUGACCUGCAAGGCGACCGGAUUCCCAGAGCCAAGCAUCUCCUGGGAGGUUUCUGGCACUAAGGACUACCAGGAGGUGGCGCACCAUGUAGGCAAGAACACAGCGGUGAGCGUGAUGUCAGUCAUUGUGACCCCUGACCUCAAGAUCACCUGCAAUGCCUCCAACUCUCUGGGCAGCAAUGAGGGCCACUUCAGAAUCACGCUGAUUUCUGUCACCCCGCCAUCCCCCUUCUCCACAGUUCAACCAGUGAAAAAAGAGGGCAGUGGCGUGAUUAUCGUGGGCAUCAUUGUGGGCAUCCUGCUGCUCGCCAUCCUGGGCAGCGUCCUCUACUUCCUCUACAAGAAGGGCAAGAUUCCCUGCGGGCGAACCGGCAAGCAGGAAAUCUCUCGAGCGGACUCUGGGAAAGACGACAUCGUUGUGGAGAUGAAGACUGACAAGACCGAGGAGGCGGGGCUACUACAGGGUGUCAACGGCGACAAGAAGCCCCCUAGCGACCAGUGCGAGAAGUACAUCGACCUACGGAACUGAGUGAGCGAGAGAAAAAGAAAGAAAGAAAGAAA